UUGAAGGGAUCUAACUAUGCUGGUCUGCUGGAGCGACAUCGCAUUCAUACAAAAAAUGUGGAGCACAUUGUAGACAGUUUACGGAAUGAGAAGAUAGAAGUUCGUAUUGUUAAACGUCGAGACUAUAAUGAGGAGACGGUUCGGUGGGCAGAUGCAAUUGUUUNUUCUGUAGGUGAUGGUACAAUGUUGUUGGCAGCCAGUAAGGUCUUUGAUAAAUUUAAACCAGUUAUUGGAGUAAAUACUGACCCUGAAAGAUCAGAGGGUCAUUUAUGCUUGCCUGUAAGAUACACGCAUGUGUUUCCUGAAGCACUACAGAAGCUUUAUCGUGGUGAGUUCAGGUGGCAGUGGCGGCAAAGAAUCCGACUGUAUCUUGAAGGAACUGGUAUUAACCCAACCCCUGUAGAUUUACAUGAACAGCAGCUAAGCCAAGAGCAACACAGCAGGGCUCACAUAAAUGAAAGAUUCCAAGAUCAAAGAUCUGACAUUUCUGGUCCACAUCUUUUACCAGUGAGAGUGCUCAAUGAAGUCUUCAUUGGGGAAUCUCUUUCAUCGAGGUAUGCUGUGUGUUCUGUCUUAUUCAGGGAGAACUUUAAGUCCUGCAAACCCAGUUUUAAAUUCUCGCUUCAUAGGGCCUCCUAUUAUGAAAUAUCAGUUGAUGAUGGUCCAUGGGAAAAACAGAAGAGUUCAGGGCUUAAUGUGUGUACUGGAACAGGAUCAAAAGCAUGGUCCUAUAAUAUUAACAAGAUAACACAUCAAGCUGUUGAAGAAAUUCUUAAGAUCGCUAAAAAGCAUGGAAGUUUGAAUAUGCCAUUGAACACGGAACUAAUACAAAAAGUAACAAAUGACUACAAUGAGUCCCUUCUCUACAGUCCAGAAGAACCAAAGAUGUUUUUUAGUAUUCGAGAACCUAUUGUAAACAGAGUUUUCUCAAGUAGCCGUCAGUGUGGCUUCUCUUCAAAAGUCUGUGUCCGUUCCCGUUGCUGGGACGCAUGCAUGGUUGUAGAUGGAGGAACAUCUUUUGAGUUCAAUGAUGGGGCAAUAGCUUCAAUAAUGAUCAAUACAGAGGAUGCGCUGUGCACUGUUCUGCUGGAAGAAUGAAGGACCCUUGUGUCUUCUGCUGAAACGAUUCUGGAUCCAGAGAGGGAACUCCUGGGGAUAGACAGCACAUCAAAAUGCUGCAUUAAGUUGGAAGUUGG